AUGCCGCCUCUUCCCGCACUCAUCAUCGUAAUGGGCGCUUCAGGCUGCGGGAAGUCGACCGUUGGGUUGGGCGUCGCAACGGCUUCCGGUGUUCCUUUCGUCGACGGGGACGACUUGCACCCUGCGGCGAAUGUAGCGAAGAUGAGCGCUGGGAACCCGUUGACGGACGAGGACCGAAUUCCUUGGCUGCACAAGAUCCGUGAGACCGCCAUCCUACUUACCUCACCCGAAGGACUCGCCGCGCUCGACCGCCCCGACGCCCCUCCAUCUCCCUCGGAAGUCGACUCCGCCGCGCUCUCUCACGAGCUACACGCGGCCAUCUCUCGCAUCCAAGCACCAUCGCUCAACGCUCGGCUGGAGAUGCGGCAACGAGGGGAGAAGAGGGAGAGGGAGGCGGUUGUGGUCGCUUGUUCGGCGUUGACGGUGCAGUAUCGUAAUUUGCUGAGGGGCGAGGAGGCGAGGUUUGUGCUGCCGAACGAGAAGGAGGUCACUGCGGACAAGCACCUGGAUCCGCACAUCGAGACGUUCUUCAUCUACCUCCAAGGCACCCGCCCUCUCCUUCUCAACCGUAUGGAACACCGUGCCGGCCACUUCAUGAAGGCGUCGAUGCUCGACUCGCAGUUGGCGACGCUGCAAGAACCGCACGAGACGGACGAGGUCAACGUCGCGGUUGUCAAGCUGGGCCAGGGCGAGGGCGAGGCGGAAGAGAGGGGCAAGGAGGCGGUCAUUGCGGAUGCGGUGGCGCGGGCGAGGAGGUUCGUCGGUUGA